AUGUCAACUUUUUCAAAAUCAAAUUUUAAAACUUUAAAUUAUAAUUCAUUUAGACCUCAUUAUCCACCAUCAUUUUAUAAAAUUUUAAUAAAUUAUAUUCAAAAAGGUUCAAAUCAAACUAGUUUACCAAUAAAUAAAGCAAUUGAUUUAGGUUGUGGAACAGGAGUUGCAACUUAUCCAUUAUUAAAUUUUGUUAAAAAUGUUAUUGGAUUAGAUUUAUCUCCUUCAAUGAUUGAAACUGCUAAUUCAUUAAAAAAUAGAAGAUUAGAAGAAUUAGGAAUUGUUAAUGAUAAUAGUGGUGAUAAUGGUAAUUUAAAAAGAAUUCAAUUUAAAGUUGGAUCAGUUGAAGAAUUUGUAAAUAAUCAACAAAGUGGUAUAGAAUCAAAUUCAAUUGAUUUAAUUACUGCUGCUCAAUGUAUUCAUUGGUUUCAAGAUUAUCCAUUAUUUUUUGAAAAUAGUUCAAAAUUAUUGAAAAAGGGAGGUACAUUAGCUUAUUUUUAUUAUAUUGAUCCAAUGAUUGUUGAUUUUCAAGGUCCAUUUAAGUCAAGCUUAAAUAAAGAAGAAUUAAUAAAACAAAUUUAUGAAUUAUAUUUAAAAUAUGCUUAUAAUGAUCCCAAUUUAAUUGGUCCAUAUUGGGAACAACCAGGUAGGUCCAUAUUAAAAAAUUAUUGUGAAAAAGUUAAUUCAUAUAUACCAAAAAAUUUAUAUGAAAAUAUUGAAAUUAAUACUUUUACAACUAAUAUUGAAACAAAAUUGCCCAAUGAUUUAAAAGAUUUAGAUAUGAAAAAAUUAAAAAUUUCAAUCAUGGAUUAUAUUGGAUAUUUUGAAACUUAUAGUGGAUUUCAUAACUAUAAAGAAAAAACUGGGAAUGAAAAUUUAUUAAAAAAGGAAUUUUUAAAAGAAUUAUUAGAAUUAACUGGUUGGAAUUUAGAAUUCACUACUAUUGAUUUAGUUUGGAAUACUGGUUAUACCUUCUUAAGAAAAAAAUAG